UCGCACAGAUAUGUGGUCCUAUUUUUUUUAAUUAUUUCUUUAUUUUUAGCCCCCAUCUCUCUCCACUGUACGAUAAACGAGGAGGGGCUUGAUGCCGUGUAGGAGGCAGGAAGGCAAGCCGUGCUGCUGACCCGCUUGAGGCGUGUGUCGCCUCGCCUACAUCCAAGCCAGCUCGCAUGUUGUAAGGACUGAGAGCCAGCAGGUGUGUAGGCUGGUGAGGCCAUUACACUAACCCACCAAGAUGGUGGCCUUGUCAUUAAAGAUUUGUGUGCGCCAGUGCAAUGUGGUAAAAACGAUGCAGUUUGAACCCUGCACGCCUGUGUAUGACGCCUGCAGGAUCAUCAGGGAGAGAGUUCCAGAGGCCCAGUCCGGACAAGCCUCUGAUUAUGGCCUGUUCCUGUCUGACGAUGAUCCCAGGAAAGGAAUCUGGCUUGAGUCAGGGAGAACCCUGGAUUACUACAUGCUGCGAAAUGGAGAUGUUUUGGAGUAUAAGAAGAAACAAAGGCCACAAAAGAUCAAAAUGCUGGAUGGUGCCAUUAAAACCAUCAUGGUUGAUGACUCAAAAACAGUUGGCGAGCUACUUGUCACAAUAUGCAGUAGAAUAGGAAUCACCAACUAUGAGGAAUACUCGCUCAUACAGGAAGUUCCGGAGGACAAGAAGGAGGAGAGUAUGGGAACACUGAAGAAAGACAGGACCCUACUACUACGAGAUGAAAGAAAAAUGGAAAAACUCAAAGCCAAACUCCAUACAGAUGAUGAGUUGAACUGGCUGGAUCACAGCAGGACAUUCAGAGAGCAGGGAGUGGAAGAAAGUGAAACCCUGCUGCUCAGGCGCAAGUUCUUCUAUUCUGACCAGAACGUGGACUCACGGGACCCGGUCCAGCUUAACCUGCUCUACGUUCAGGCUAGAGAUGAUAUAUUGAAUGGAUCCCACCCUGUCUCCUUUGAUAAAGCCUGUGAGUUUGCAGGGAUCCAGGCUCAGAUCCAGUUUGGACCCCACGUGGAGCACAAACACAAGCCUGGAUUCCUGGACCUGAAAGAGUUCCUACCUAAAGAGUACAUCAAGCAACGAGGGUCAGAGAAGAAAAUAUUCCAAGAGCAUAAAAACUGUGGAGAAAUGUCUGAAAUUGAAGGGAAAGUAAAGUAUGUGAAGCUUGCCAGAUCUCUGCCAACAUAUGGAGUGUCCUUCUUCCUCGUCAAGGAAAAGAUGAAGGGUAAAAAUAAGCUGGUCCCAAGGCUGCUGGGGAUAACCAAAGAGUCGGUAAUGCGAGUGGAUGAGAAGACGAAGGAUGUGGUUCAGGAAUGGCCUCUGACAACUGUCAAGAGAUGGGCAGCCUCCCCUAAGAGUUUCACCUUGGAUUUUGGAGAAUAUCAGGAAAGUUACUACUCUGUCCAGACAACAGAAGGGGAACAGAUAUCCCAGCUUAUUGCAGGAUACAUCGACAUCAUUCUUAAAAAGAAGCAGAGUAAGGACCGAUUUGGCCUCGAGGGAGACGAGGAAUCCACAAUGCUGGAGGAAUCUGUUUCCCCUAAGAAAUCCACAAUUUUGCAACAGCAGUAUAAUAGGGUUGGCCGUGUAGAGCAUGGGUCAGUGGCCCUUCCUGGUAUUAUAAGGUCUGGCUCUAUCGGUGGCCCUGAUAACUACAGUGUGGGUACAAUGCCUUUUGCCCAGCAGCAAAUUACCACAGGACAGAUGCACAGAGGACACAUGCCUCCACUAAGUCUAGCCCAGCAGGCCUUAAUGGGAACCAUUAACAGCAGCAUGAAGGCUGUGCAGCAGACCCAGGCUGACCUGGGACAAGUAGAUGAUCUGCCUCCGCUGGGCCAUGACUUGGCAUCCAGGGUUUGGGUUCAGAAUAAAGUGGAUGAAUCAAAACACGAAAUCCAUUCUCAGGUGGAUGCCAUCACUGCUGGAACAGCUUCUGUGGUCAAUCUCACAGCUGGUGAACCCACAGAAACUGACUACACAGCCGUGGGCUGUGCCAUCACCACCAUCUCCUCAAACCUCACAGAAAUGUCUAAGGGUGUCAAGCUGCUCGCAGCAUUAAUGGAUGAUGAGGCAGGAGGUGGACAUAAGCUCAUGGGUGCUGCCAGGAUGCUGGCAGGAGCCGUGUCAGAUUUGCUCAGGUCCGUGGAGCCUGUGGCUGGCGAGCCGAGACAGACUGUGCUGACUGCAGCAGGAAGCAUUGGACAAGCCAGCGGGGACCUGCUCCGUCACAUGGGGGAGGGCGAGACUGAUGAGAAGUUCCAGGACACCCUGAUGAAUCUGGCCAAAGCGGUGGCCAAUGCAGCUGCUAUGUUGGUUCUGAAAGCCAAGAAUGUGGCCCAGGUGGCCGAGGACACCAUACUGCAGAACCGAGUGAUUGCAGCUGCUACUCAAUGCGCCCUGUCUACGUCCCAACUGGUUGCCUGCACCAAGGUCGUGAGCCCAACCAUCAGCUCCCCGGUUUGUCAGGAGCAGCUUGUUGAGGCUGGUAAGCUGGUGGACCGAUCAGUGGAAACCUGUGUCAAAGCUUGCCGCUCAGCCAACAGCGAUGGCGAGCUGCUGAAACAAGUCGCGGCGGCAGCUGGGGUGGUGAGCCAAGCCCUCAGCGACCUCCUGCAACACGUCCGCCACUAUGCCAGCUGCGGGGAGCCCAUUGGACGUUACGACCAAGCCACAGACACGAUCAUGAAUGUGACUGAAAAUAUUUUCACUUCCAUGGGUGAUGCAGGUGAGAUGGUGCGUCAGGCUCGGGUGCUAGCCCAAGCUACCUCGGACUUGGUAAAUGCCAUGAGGUCAGAUGCAGAGGCAGAAGUAGAUGUCGACAACUCCAAGAAACUCCUUGCGGCAGCCAAACUCCUGGCCGAUGCCACAGCUCGGAUGGUGGAGGCUGCGAAGGGGGCAGCUGCUUACCCAGAGAAUGAGGAUCAGCAGCAGAGACUGAGGGAGGCAGCCGAGGGGCUACGGGUUGCCACUAAUGCUGCAGCUCAAAACGCCAUAAAGAAAAAGCUAGUCAACCGACUGGAGAUAGCUGCUAAGCAGGCAGCGGCUGCUGCGACACAGACCAUAGCAGCUGCCCAAAAUGCUGCUGCUUCUAACAAAAAUACUGCUUCACACCAGCAGCUCUUACACAGCUGGAAGGCAGUAACAGACAGUAUUCCCCUGCUGGUGCAAGGAAUGCGGAGCAGCCAGGCCCAGCCUGAAGAGCUUGGCCCUCAGCUCGCUCUCAUCAUGGCCAGCCAAAGCUUUUUGCAGCGUGGAAGUAAGAUGGUUGCAUCUGCAAAGUCCGCAGUGCCAACAGUGGCUGAUCAGGCUGCCGCUAUGCAACUAGGCCAGUGUGCCAAGAAUUUAGCAACCUGCCUGGCAGAGCUCAGGACUGCCAUGCAGAAGGCCCAUGAAGCCUGUGGCCCUUUGGAGAUUGACUCAGCUCUCAAGACAGUGCAGACACUGAAGAGUGAGCUACAGGAUGCAAAGCGGUCUGUGAUUGAUGGCCAGCUCAAACCUCUUCCAGGAGAAACACUGGAAAAGUGUGCUCAGGAUUUGGGAAGUACAUCGAAGGCUGUGGGCUCCUCCAUGGCCCAGCUGUUGACCUGUGCUGCACAGGGCAAUGAACAUUACACAGGUGUCGCUGCUCGAGAAACAGCCCAGGCUUUGAGGACGUUGGCCCAAGCAGCCAGGGGUGUAGCAGCCAGCACGAUGGAGCCUCAGGCUGCAGCUGCCAUGUUAGACUCAGCUCAGUAUGUGAUGGAAGGCUCGGCCAUGCUGAUCCACGAAGCCCAUCAGGCUCUGGUUCAUCCAGGAGAUGCUGAGAGUCAGCAGAGACUGGCUCAGGUAGCCAAAGCGGUGUCACACUCCUUGAAUAACUGUGUGAACUGCCUACCGGGCCAGAAGGAUGUCGAUAUGGCUCUCAGGAGCAUCGGGGAAACCAGCAAGAAGCUGCUGGUGGAAUGUCUCCCUCCCUGCAGUAAGACAUUCCAGGAGGCCCAGACUGAUUUGAACCACACAGCAGCUGAACUCAACCACUCAGCGGGCGAGGUCGUUCACUCGUCCCGUGGAACAAGCAGCCAGCUGGCUGCAGCCUCAGGGAAGUUCAGCCAAGACUUUGAUGAGUUCCUGGAUGCUGGCAUUGAGAUGGCAGGACACACCCAAAGCAAAGAUGACCAGAUUCAAGUCAUUGGUAAUCUGAAAAACAUCUCGAUGGCAUCCAGUAAGCUGCUACUGGCCGCCAAGUCUUUGUCUGUGGAUCCAAGUGCAGCAAAUGCGAAGAAUCUUCUAGCUGUAGCAGCAAGGGCGGUGACGGAGAGCAUUAACCAGCUGAUAACACUCUGCACCCAGCAAGCAGCAGGACAAAAAGAGUGUGAUAACGCCUUGAGGGAGUUGGAGGCUGUCAGAGGUCUCCUAGGCAACCCCAACGAGCCAGUAAAUGAACUCUCCUACUUUGACUGCAUUGAGAGCGUCAUGGAGAACUCAAAGGUUCUGGGAGAGUCGAUGGCAGGCAUUUCUCAGCACUGUAAGACAGGUGAUGUGUUAGCCUUUGGGGAGAGUGUGAGUUUGGCAUCCAAAGCUUUGUGUGGGCUGACAGAGGCUGCAGCACAGGCCUCUUACCUUGUAGCCGUUUCCGAUCCUAAUAGUCACUCAGGUCAUGAAGGGCUGGUGGAUCCAAUUCAGUUUGCCCGAGCCCAUCAAGCCAUACAGACAGCUUGCCAGAACUUAGUGGAUCCAGCCAGUAGUCCCUCACAGGUCUUGUCUGCAGCAACAAUUGUUGCCAAGCACACCUCCGCUCUCUGUAACGCCUGCCGCCUAGCUUCUUCUAAAACGUCCAACCCUGUGGCUAGGAGGCAGUUUGUCCAGUCAGCCAAAGAGGUGGCCAACACCACAGCCAACCUCGUCAAAACCAUCAAGGCAUUAGAUAAUGAUUUUUCAGAGGACAAUAGAAACAGAUGCCGUGUUGCCACAGCUCCACUCCUUGAGGCUGUAGAAAACCUGUCAACCUUUGCUAACAACCCUGAGUUUGCGAGCAUCCCAGCUCAGAUCAGUAAUGAGGGUUCGGUGGCACAAGAGCCAAUUGUGCGCUCAGCCCGCUCUAUGCUCGAUAGCUCUACUUACCUUAUUGAAACGGCCCGCUCACUGGUCCUCAACCCCAAGGAUCCCCCUACGUGGUCCAUUCUAGCAGGCCACUCCAGGACGGUUUCUGACUCCAUCAAAAGUCUCAUCACAUCAAUCAGGGACAAGGCACCAGGCCAGAGGGAGUGUGAUUACUCUAUUGAUAACAUCAAUAAAUGUAUCAGAGACAUUGAGCAAGCCUCCCUGGCUGCAGUUGGGCAGACACUGCCGUGCAGAGAUGAUAUCUCCAUGGAGGCACUCCAGGAGCAGCUGACAUCCUCUGUGCAGGAGAUCGGUCAUCUGAUUGAUCCUGUCUCCACAGCAGCCCGAGGCGAAGCCGCCCAGCUGGGACACAAGGUGACUCAGCUGGCUGGUUACUUCGAUCCACUCAUUGUGGCAUCAGUAGGCUUGGCCUCAAAGCUCCAAGACCACCAACAGCAGAUGACCAUCCUGGAUCAGACCAAAACCCUGUCCGAAUCUGCUCUUCAGAUGCUCUAUGCUGCCAAAGAAGGCGGGGGAAACCCAAAAGCAUCCCACACUCACGAUGCCAUCUCUGAGGCAGCGCAGCUGAUGAAGGAGGCCGUGGACGACAUCAUGGUGACUUUGAAUGAGGCAGCAAGUGAGGUUGGCAUGGUUGGAGGCAUGAUGGAGUCCAUUGCUGAGUCCAUUGGCAGGCUUGAUGAAGGAACUCCUCCUGAACCCGAGGGAUCUUUCGUGGACUACCAGACCACCAUGGUGAAGUUCUCCAAGGCCAUCGCCAUCACGGCACAGGAAAUGAUGACCAAGUCUGUAACCUGUCCUGAGGAGCUCGGUGGCCUUGCCUCUCAGGUCACGGUGGACUAUGCGCAGCUUGCACACCAAGGACGCCUUGCAGCGGCUACUGCGGAGCCAGAAGAGGUUGCUUUCCAGAUUAAGACAAGGGUGCAAGAACUAGGCCAUGGAUGUAUCUGUCUGGUCCAGAAGGCCGGAGCGCUGCAGCUCAGCCCCACUGACAGUUUCUCCAAGCGUGAGCUCAUUGAGUGUGCCCGAGCAGUCACUGAGAAGGUGUCCUUGGUGCUAUCAGCACUUCAAGCGGGAAACAAAGGCACCCAAGCCUGCAUCACAGCGGCCAGUGCUGUGUCAGGAAUUAUCGCUGACCUGGACACCACAAUCAUGUUCGCCUCAGCUGGAACUCUGAACCCAGAGAACGAAGAGUCAUUUGCUGAUCACAGGGAAAGCAUCCUGAAGACAGCCAAGACGCUUGUGGAGGACACCAAGCUGCUGGUGGCGGGAGCUGCGUCCACCCAGGAGAAGCUGGCUCAGGCUGCACACUCCUCAGCCAAGACCAUUACUCAGCUUACCGAGGUUGUCAAACUGGGGGCAACCAGCAUGGGAUCUGAUGAACCCGAGACGCAGGUGGUUCUUAUAAAUGCAGUACGGGAUGUGGCUAAGGCCUUGGCUGAGCUCAUUGGUGCCACCAAAUGUGCUGCUGGCAAAGCACCUGAUGACCCAUCCAUGUAUCAGCUGAAGAGCGCAGCCAAGGUCAUGGUGACCAACGUGACUUCUCUUCUAAAAACAGUGAAGGCAGUGGAGGACGAAGCCACUCGUGGGACAAGGGCACUGGAGGCCACCAUCGAGUUCAUAAAGCAGGAGCUGACAGUGUUCCAGUCCAAGGACGUCCCGGACAAGUCCACUUCACCCGAGGAGUUCAUCCGCAACACAAAGGGCAUCACUGUAGCCACAGCCAAGGCAGUGGCUGCAGGCAACUCCACUCAGCAGGAGGACGUGAUCGCUACCGCCAACCUGAGCCGCAAAGCUGUCUCUGAUAUGCUGACUACCUGCAAGCAAGCUGCACACCAUCCUGAAGUGGGCGAGGACUUGAGAAGAAAAGCCUUACAGUAUGGCACUGAGUGCACCACCGAAUACAUCAACCUUCUGGAGCAAGUGCUGCAGGUGGUGCAGAGACCUACGCCAGAGCAGAAGCAGGAGCUGGCCAUGCAUUCAAAGCAUGUGGCAGCCUGUGUGACAGAGCUCGUCCAGACAGCUGAGGCCAUGAAAGGAUCAGACUGUGUGGACCCCGAGGACCCCACCAUCAUCGCUGAGACCGAGCUCCUCGGAGCAGCAGCCUCCAUUGAAGCCGCAGCCAAGAAACUGGAGCAGCUCAAGCCCAGGGCCAAGCCCAAGCAGGCAGAUGAGACGCUGGAUUUUGAGGACCAGAUCUUAGAAGCAGCAAAGUCCAUUGCUGCAGCAACCAGUGCUCUUGUAAAAUCUGCAUCUGCAGCUCAGAGAGAACUGGUCGCACAAGGCAAGGUGGGAUCCAACCUAGCUAAUGCAGUAGAUGAUGGCCAGUGGUCACAGGGUCUCAUAUCAGCUGCUCGUAUGGUAGCAGCAGCCACCAGUAACCUAUGCGAGGCAGCUAACGCUUCAGUUCAGGGCCACGCCAGCGAGGAGAAGCUAAUCUCUUCAGCCAAGCAGGUCGCAGCCUCGACGGCUCAGCUGCUGGUAGCUUGCAAGGUGAAGGCGAACCACGAUUCUGAAGCCAUGAGAAGGUUACAGACUGCUGGUAAUGCAGUAAAGCGGGCUUCAGACAACCUGGUCAAAGCAGCUCAAAAAGCAGCAUUUGACAAGACAGAGGAUGACAGCGUUGUGGUAAAGACCAAAUUCGUUGGAGGCAUAGCUCAGAUUAUCGCAGCUCAGGAGGAGAUGUUAAGGAAGGAGCGAGAGCUGGAGGAGGCUCGGAAGAAGCUGGCUCAGAUCCGACAGCAGCAAUACAAAUUCCUGCCCAGCGAACUGAGGGAGGACGAGGGCUGACUAAGCCAGCAAGCGCGUAGGCUGAUGUGCAGAUGACAACGUCUCCUCAACAGGAGACGAUGCGGAUGUACUAUCGCCCGCUUUGCCCUGGCGUCACUAAAGACUAUAUUCAGCACUUGAAACAGGCCUGUUUGUUGACAAAAACAAGUGCCUGUGCUUUGUAGUGUACUUGUGUGAGUGUGUGUGUGAUGUGUUUGUCAGUGAAUGGCUUCGACAUUCAGACUUUAAUAUAAAGAAAGUUGUUAUUGUGAGCAAACAGACAAAUGGAUCGAGUUAUUUUCAGUGUGGGUAUUAGUGCAUCACGAGCAUUACUGACUGUUACAGGCAUGAAUCAAAUGCUAAAUGUCUCAGUAAUCACUAAACUUUCUGCAAAUAUGAUUUAACUGAAGUUCUAAAAUCAAAGGUUUGUAGCUUAUGUUUUAUAUGAAAAAUUCCUCUAAAGAUGAUUUAAAAAGCAGUAAAGGCAAUGCCUCAUUUACCAGUAGGCUGGCAUGCACCAUUACUCUUAACACAUAUCAAUAAAGCUACUAACCAAUAGAAUAUUAUAGUUCAAAAAGGCCCUUGUAUUAUACAAAAAUGUUAAUCUAUGGGGAUUGGAGUUAAACCACCAUAUUUUCUUAUUAAUUUUAUCUAAACUAAGCUGUUUGUAUUGAUGCCAAACACCGAUUGGUUUAGAGUGAAGUGGGUAAAAUAAAGGAACAAAAUCAAUUUAACAGCAAAUUCGUAUGAGAAAGAAAGUAGUUCUAUUUAGAUAUUCUGAUCUAGAUGUGACCAAAUAUGUCUUGCUGCUUGUACAACAUUGCACUCGAGGGAUCCCACUGAUUUUUCACCUAUAAUUCAGAGAAAUGUGUAAAGUUAGACAGUAUUCUUCCAUUGUUUGACACGUUUUUCUCUUGCUUUCAUGUUUGAAUUUUCAACAACUUACACAAGCCAGAUUUGGUUCAUGUGCCCCCUGAAAUAGGGUUCAUUCACAGUCUUUAAGAGUCUGGAAUAGUUUGGAAUUGGAUUUAAUGUUUUACAAAUCUGGACAAAAGUGGAAGGAAAAAUUAAAUUGCCUUUCACAUAGUUACCAUGUUGUCAACUUUUUUUUAUGUACUGCUUCCAGUGUUGAACAUCAUAGGUAUAGUAGAUGUAUAUAUUUCAUGGACAGAUGUUGACAUUGAGAUUGAGAUUUUUUUGGAUCAUGAACUCGUUAGCAAAACGGCAAUGAGGUUUCUUGCCAAGUGCUCUUUACUGUCUCAUUUACUUGAAGUUCCAAAUAGACGUUUCCAUUCCCUCAUCAGACAUAAAUGGCAUAUUAUUUUAACUGUCUACUUAUUUGUCUGAGCCCUUUUUUUUCCCCGGUGAACUUUUCACUACGGUUGAGUUCUCUAAUCCUUCAUUUAUUCUCAAAUCAGUUUUGGUUGUGUUUUGGGAUCAUUGCCCUGUUGAAUUUGAGCUGAAGAUAAAUAAUUUGGAAGCAGCCCUCUUUUUUUUCUUUAUCCCACCCACUUUGUGCAAUACGCCAUAAAAGACCCCCAGUCUGAUUCUACCACUGCCAUGCUUGACAUUUGGUAGAGUGCUUGACCUUGACUACUCCAAACAUAGUUUUUUGUAGGUGUGACCACAUUGGGUAAUCUUCUUUCCAGAAGGCAUUUGACUUCUCUGUGUGAACAGCUGCAAUUUAUAGCCGAACUAGGUUUUGUUUUUGUAAGGAGGUGCUUCUGGGCUGGAGGUUUGGUAAUUCCUGUAUUAUUUCAGAACACUUUAUUCAAACCAUUUUUUACAGUAGUUCUCUGUAAUUAUACUUAAACACUAUACAACAAUACAGGUAUUCACACUGACAAUCAACACUUAACACAAACAAAAACAGAAACAGGCCCAAACACACUCUAAUCCUACAUCUCUACAUCUCUCCCCUCACAUACAUACUAUACAUUGACAAUAUAUAUGUGAAAUACACCACCAUAUGCAAUACCCAUACAACUGACUAGUAUAUAAACAUAUUUUCCCAAGAUGUUUAUAUACUAAUAUGUUUUAUAAAUUAUGAAUUAUGAGGCUGUGAAUCACUGCUACUAAAGUAAAUUUCUGAACAUCCUGGCCAACUUUCCUUUAUUCCGAUGUUCAGUUUGUCUCAGACAGUUGAAAUCUGAGUGUUCCAACUGGAUAUUACUCCUAAAUACACAACAAAACUGGUUUUAAACAGAUAAAGAAGGCUAAUGUUAAGUUUAGUAUCCUUUAGUAUCCAACAGGCUUUUAAAAAUGUAUUGAAAAUGCUUAAAAUCCAGGUCUGUGCCAGGAAACCAACCAAUUUAUAUCAAUUCUGCUGAGACGUUCUGUCCAGUAUCCAGUCAUAAUUAUGACACAAGCUUAUAAAUGGCUAUAAACGUUGUGCAGUCAAGGUACAACUUCCUAAAGGACAUCAAAUUAAAUACUAGUUUGGAUUUAUGUAAAUAGUUGAGCUAGAGCUGCACAACAUAACAAAUCACAUUUAAACGGACUCUUACUGGCUUUUCAUACCCACACCUGAUUUGUAUCUUUUAUGGUUGAAAUACUAGAGCCAAUUCAGAGUUUUUCAGUAACCGUAAUGUUAUUACAUAAUUUCUUGAUUUUUGUGCAGCUUUCUGAGCCUGUGUGCACCCAAAUCUUGUUUUAUUGUAACACAUAAAUCAAUAAAAAGGCCAGCAUUAAUGUGGCAUGUAUUCUGAUAAUGAGUGGAUGUAAGAUACCCCUGACAUGUUCUGAUUAAAAUGUAUUUUUAUUCAACCAAAAAGUUUGUUUCUGAAAGGAAAUGAGUCAGGCUUCUCUCAAAAGAUAAAAAAAAAACUAUGUAUAAGGAGCCUCUGUUUUUAAAUAACUGAAUCUGUUAUUUAAUAUUUUUUGAAAAUGGCAUAUCAAAAAUGAUUUAUACCCCUCAAUUAGAAGAAAAUUUGUAUUGUCAUUACAGCAAAAAAACCUUCCUAUAAUUGCUGACAAGCUUUUUGCGUUUCUCGACUGGUAUUUUGAUGAUUAAUCUUUAGAGAUGAUCUACAACUCUGAGAUUGGAAGGCAUCUUUGCUAUCACCCGAAUCAUUAGCUCCUUUCACAGAUUAUGUGGAUCGCUUUUUAACCUAAGUCUCUUUGGGGUAUGAAUAAUUUUGGCCUUUAACUAUGUACAUUAAACAUGGCCUGAAGAUUGACCAAGAGAUCUAGAAAUUUGUGUCAGGAAAAAUAUGGAAUUCAAACCGAAAGGAAAAAUGUGUAGAACCGGGACCUAAACAUACUUAUCUAUUUUCCACAGUCACUGCCCUGUCUCUCUAAAGUCGCUUUUAUAUUAAACUCUUUAACCCUUGUGUGGUGUUCGGGUUUGUGGGACCCAUUUUCAUUAUUUACUGAAGGAAAAAUGAUACAAUUAAUGUAAAUUAAUUGUAAAUUUGUUUCCACUCAUCAUGAUUUUUAUUAAGUGUUUGAUUGUGAGGCCUUAAAAAUCACAAAAUGCAAUGGGUCCACCAGACCCAGAAACAUUGGCUGAGUAAAAACAAUAUGAACACCACACAAGAGUUAAGAAAACAGGAUAUUUCAGCAAAGUAAAUUUGAGUUACUGCUGUUAUUGGGUACAAAAAAAGCUCCUUACAAUGAUUUUGGGCUUCCAGCUGUAGACUAAAAUGACCAUACAUGUUUUUACAUCUUUUACACUAAAGACAGCAAUUCACAGCUUCCAUCACAGAAACUCUUUAUAAGGAAACAGCUUCUUGCUCCUUUUGAGGAAAGUGAUUAAGUUAUGUGUUUUUCUUUGAUACAAUAACGGAUUAUACAUGUUUUAAACAUACUGCUGUUCAUCUCCUCAGUCUGUCCAUGCUCGUGUCGUGUCUGCAUCGUGUAUUAGUGCCUUACUUGAGUCUGCGCUGCAAGCAGCUGAACAUCAGGCUGGCUGGGAGCCUGAGCCUUCUCCUCUCUGGGUCAAAAACAUUAUGCCAGUCGAACAGCAAAAUGUUUGCCAUACUGGUGGCCUAUACCUGCCGGCAGUGUUAAAGUGCUGAUAUUAAAGGGCAUCUAUGGAUAUCUUUAGGGUUUAGUUACUAACACUAGACUGCAUUCAGUGAGCAUGUGGCUACAUGUAUCUGAGGUGAUGAAAUUAUUUAAAUUCCCACUAAAAUGUUGAGCUGAAUAACUUCCUGGUUGCAUUGUCUAAACCACUAGAAAAAUGUUUUUAUUUGUUAAUGCAAACCUUAUGCUGAAAUAUACUCCCCAGCAGAUGUGUCUGAGUAUUGCUGGAAUAAAAUAAGAGUUGCUGUUAUAAAUAGGUGUUGUGCUUUCUUUAACAGACUGCGUCGGUUGUAUCAUUUGAUGCUGUAUGUACAAUAUUUAUCUUGUCACAAAAGUAUUUUUUGUAUUCACUAAAAAUAAAAAUAAAAAAUGUUUCAAACA